AUGAAGGCGGUCUUCUCUCUGCUUGCCCUGGCCGGCUCGGCCCUCGCAGGAUAUGGACAUGGCGAAGGCCAUGAGACUACGUUGACUACCUAUGAGACAACGACUGUGUGCCCUAUUACCAGCACCAUCACCAAGGGCGGAUCAACAUAUGUUCAGACUGCUUACACUACCUCCACCAUCACUGUAACUAGCUGUGCUGGAGGAGAGUGUGGCGGCGAAGUCACUGUUACCGCUCCUGACACCACUGUUGGAACGACUACAGAAGUGGACGUUACUUAUACAACCACCUGCCCUGUCACUGAGACUGUCACUGCUCCUGGAUCCACCUACACCCAUGUCUACACCACUACCAGUGUCGCAGUCACUAAGGUAGCCACCGUCAUUUACCAGACGGUCACUGGCCCCGCUGUUACGAAAACAGCAGAGACUGAAGUGUACACCACACUUACGAGCCUGUGCCCUGUGACUGAGACUAAGACAGUCGGCGGUUCAACUGUUGUCGUAACUUGGACUUCGACCUCGACGAUCAAGGAAGUUGUGCCCACAACUGCUAUUGCUUAUACUUCGUACACCGUAACUGAGCACGUUUCUACUGAGGUCUACGUGACUGAGGAGUGCCCCGAGACAACAUACACAACUGUCUCGAAGGGAAGCACAAUUUACGUCACAAAGACUGGCACUGAGACUGUAACUAAGACGAAGGAAUACACUCUGACCGAGACUAUUCCAGUCACACAGACCAAGGAUAUUGAAGUCACCUAUACGACUGAAGCCACUGAGGGCGAGACCGUUACGGCUUACCCUACUGUCUGGGUGACUUACAGUGGUUCGACCAUUAUCACAAAGACAAAGGCUCCUACCACCGUCAACGUCCCGACUACUGCCUACCACACCCCAACUCCUUCUGCCUCGAGCACUGCUCCGGUCCAGGUCUCGAGUGGCCUUGCGCCUCAGGUUACUCAGGCCAUUGGUGCCGUUCUGGCUGGUGUUGCUGGCGUUGUCGCCAUGCUAUAA